AGCUAUGAUUUUGUAGAGAAUUGCGCAGCGCAUCUUUUAAAAAAAACAUUGAGUCUUGGAAACAAACCCAAACCAAGUUAUAAGCAAAAUACGGAGAGGGACAUUAUUUAUGGCCCACCCGUUACUGUAAUGUUGAUGUCGAAUCCGUACACAGAAAAACUAAAGCAACAGAUCUUGCUGGAUUUUUAAAGUAACCCGUUUUGCACCGGCCGAGAUUGAGAGUCAUAGAGGUGGAAAUUCUUAUUUGCAGAAAUAAAAGGAAUAAAUUAUAUGCAAACUCUAUGUUAUUGGGAGAUCCCAUGGUUUAAGUCGAUGCAGAAUCAAUAAGCGUUUUAAGCAGGCAAGUUCCAAUAUUUAGUACGAGAUAACAGGCUAAGAUCAUGAAGCGCUAGCUCAAAAAUUAGUAUGCUUUCGAUGUUAAUAACGGUCGAAAGUGAUGAAACCGACAAUAGUUUGCUAAAAACCGAAGAGAUAAUCCUAAUUCUAUUUGAGAUUUAAUACUUAGCUGCCUCAUUUGAUUUGAUUCAUUCAGUAUAUUCUAAUUUUCACAAAACAAAAAAAAUCUAUCUGUACGAAAAAGUGGUAUAGAAAAAAGUUACAAAAAUUUUCACAAAAAUUUUCAAACAAAAAGUACUCUUCCAAAAAAAGAUAUCACAAAAGAAAAGUUAUCAGAAGAAGGAGAGUAGAAUUCUGUUUACAAACAAAAAAAGAAAAUAACUGAAAAAAUGUUUGAUAAAGCGUGAAAAGCAAGAUAUCGUUCCGUCACAAGAUAUCGUUGAUUGUAUAAUAAGUAAUCAUGAUGUGCAGGAGUUAAAUGGUGAAGACUCCGAAAACUGUAGUCCAGCUGUCAUUUCCAAACCUCGUCAGAAACCGAUGAAUGCUUCUGAAUUAAGUGAAAUUCUUAUUCCUAAUAAAAGUAUACGAUAUGAUGAUAGUACAGGAACUUUUCUUGUUGAAAUAAAAUCGAAAAAUGAUUUCAAUAUCGUUUCUACAAAAAUGAGUGACAAUCAACUAUUUUUUUAUCAUUGUACAUGUUCUUUUGCCAACUUGAAGAACGUUAAAAGCGACUGUCUGCAUAUAUUAGCUGUUAAAAGAAAACAACGAUUACCAUUGAUUGUGAAGAGGCCGAAUUUGUCGAAGGUUCGAAAAGCGACGAAAAAAGAAUCGGGUAUACAGAAGACCGGCACAAAAGCCCCUACAUCAUGGGAUAAAGAAAAGAUGCGAACAGUUCUUGCCAAUCGAUCUGAUAUUAUCAACAACAAUAACCCUAUAAAAAAAAUUCCAGUGCGGCACUGGUAA